UAACUACACUUACUUAUUCAUAAGGUGACCACAAAAUAUGCGGGUUAUCGGUUAUCGCACAAUGGCUGCUUAUUGCAAUUUUUAUAAACUCAGUGUUGUUUAGGAGACCGGACGGGAAACACGACUUACAGGAGCCACCAUGACCGACGUAUCAAAGGCCUUCGUUUCAAGCAAAAUACUGCCCGAUGUCGUUCCCUUCGCACCUACUGCGCUUGUUAAACUGAGCUACCCCAGCGGAGCCGUGGCCAACUUGGGCAAUGAGCUGACUCCAACCCAGGUGAAGGACCAGCCCACUGUCUCCUACGAUGCUGACCCUAACGCCUACUACACACUGGUCUUUACUGACCCUGACAACUACGAUGGUCCAGAGAAGGUCUACCGUGAGUGGCAUCACUGGCUCGUAGUCAAUAUCCCUGGCAACAACGUGGCGGCUGGCGAGACUCUGUCAGGGUACAUUGGUUCUGGCCCACCUGAAGGCACCGGCAUCCAUAGAUACGUCUACAUUCUAUACAAGCAACCUGGCAAACUGAACUUCGACGAAAAGAGACUUAGUAAUAGAUCCAUUGAAGGUCGAGCAGCCUUCUCCACCAACGAAUUCGCGAAGAAGUACAACCUGGGCGCACCAGUUGGAGGGAACUUCUACAGAGCUCAGUUUGACUCUUUCGUCCCUCUGCUGUAUAAGAGUUUGGGAGCUUAAAAUUAAUAUAUUUAUCGAAAUAAAAUAAUUGGUAAAAUAAUAAA